AUGAACCACCUACCUCAGGCGUGGGGCCGCGUAUGUAUCUCGCCUACCUCUCACAGCAGCAAACUAAGCAUAGUGCAGCCUAGAGACGAUGUAUACGGCGCUUAUGAUCCAUCACACUUCAAUGCUGCCGGCCCAAACCAGCAUACCCAGAGCCCGAUUGUGACCGGUACCUCAGUGCUUGCGGCCAAGUUCAACGAUGGUGUGGUCAUUGCUGCAGACAACCUGGCUUCAUACGGAUCGCUCGCCCGCUUCACCGACGUCAAACGUCUACGGAAAUUCAACGAUGAGGUAGUCGUAGGCUUCGGUGGCGAUGUAUCGGACAUGCAGUACCUGGACCGCCUGCUUAACUCGCUCGACAUCCGCGAGAAUUACUCCUCAAGCGAGUCGCAACUCAACGCAAAGAACCUCCACACAUACCUUGCCAAGGUCAUGUACAACCGCCGGUCCAAGUUCGACCCUCUGUGGAAUCACCUGCUCAUCGUUGGUAUGGACGGCGAGUCGAAGCCUUUCCUUGCCAGCGCAGAUCUGCUCGGUACCACGUUCUCAUCCCCCUCCCUCGCUACCGGUUUCGGAGCGCAUCUCGCCCAGCCCAUUUUGAGGACGAUAUUGCCAGACGAGGCUGCAGUUGCAAAAGUCACCAAGGAGCAAGCAGUGGAAAAGAUCAAAGAGUGCAUGAAGGUGCUCUUCUACAGAGAUGCCAGGAGUAUGGACAAGUACUCAAUCGCCGUCGUUACCAAGGAGGGCGUUGAGCUUGACGAGGACGUGAAGCUGGAAAAUCAGAGCUGGGCGUUCGCAGAUAGGAUUAGAGGGUAUGGUACGCAAACGGUUUAG